UCAGCCUAGUUAUCCCAAGUUGGUGCUUUUUAAGGUGACUUUUUGAGGAACCGGUACAAUCUCACCGCCGAAGCGUCACAUAAUUGGGCGCCUGGAUCAUCGUACGAGCUAUUCCGACAUGACAACACAAAAACAGACAUUACCAUUUUAUGACUUCUCUAUUCUCUCCUCCAUCAACAUUAACCCCCAAAGGAUGCUUCGUUUUGAGGAGAUUUGUGUAUACUAGAAAGAAGUAAUAGAAGAUAAAAGAGUAUCAUUCUAUAAAUUCCUUUGUCUCAGAUUUCUCUUUUUUCCUCCCCGGUUCUCUGUUUCUCCAAGAAUCUAGUAAUGUGGUCAUCAAGUAGUGACAACAGGGGACUUUCAAAUUCUUAUAAAUCAUCAUCAUCAUCAUCAUCAUUAAUAUCUACAUCUUCUUCAUCUCCUUCCCCAUUUUCUCCAAGACUUAGAACCAUGGAAGAAGUGUGGAAAGACAUUAAUCUUUCUUCUCUUCAUGACCACUGUACUAAUUACUCUAGAGACCAUGAUCAUCAUAAUCAUCGUCAAGCUGCUAAUUUUGGUGGGAUGAUUUUACAAGAUUUCUUGGCUAGACCCUUUGCUCAUUCACCCUCACCAGCAGCAACAGCCUCCCCUAUUCCAGCAAAUCCAGCUACUACUACUAUGCUGAAUUUGAACUUUGUUCCAGACCUUCAUUUCUUUGAUAAUAACAACUUAGACCCUUUAAGGCAAAACACAAUCUUGCACCAACCAACUAGUAUGAUUGCUCAAGUUCCAUUUGAGGCCUUGGCUUCGGUGAAUGCUAGUGGAAGAAAGAGGGUUGUCACUGAAACAGAGAACAAUUCUACUGGGGGCAGCAGAAAUAAGAGGAUGAUCAAGAACCGUGAGUCUGCUGCUAGAUCAAGAGCUAGAAAGCAGGCUUAUAUGAAUGAGUUGGAGGUGGAAGUAGCCCAUUUAGUGGAAGAGAAUGCCAGGCUCAAGAAGCAGCAGCAACAGUUACACUUAGCUGCAGCUGCUCAAGUUCCCAAAAAGAACUCUCUGUAUCGGUCAUCAACUGCCCCAUUUUGAGAAGUUUCAGAGGAAAGCUUGAGAAAAAGGUGUGAUAGUAAAUUUUAGAAGAUUUAUCAAGUGCUGCUACUACUACUACUAUUUCUGUAACUCUUCCCAUUUGUCCUUUUUGUUUGUAAUAUGAACUGAGUACUGUUGUUUGGUGGUGGCCGUGUGGGCCGAUGAAUAUUUAUCACUAGCUAGCCCCCACAAAA